AUGGCGAUGAUGAUGACUGGCCGUGUGCUGCUGGUGUGUGCCCUCUGCGUGCUGUGGUGCGGUGCUGCGGUGGAGGCGGAGGGUGAUGAUGUUACUGAACCACAAGAUGAACCAUCGAGGGCUUCACAGUCUGCAUCUGAGGGCGGCCAUGAAGAAGAACCGGAUAUACGAAAUCCAGUCGGUGAAGUGUUGAACACCUCAGAAGGACCGUUAGUUGCGCGAGACUUAACGAAGGUCAGCCCUCAAAAAACUUCUUUCAAACAACCACCAAGAGAUAAUGGUGGGGCGGCAGGAAAAGAAGAAAAAGUAGAAGUAAAGAAGGUGGGAGAUGAGGAAACAAGAAGUGAUGGAGAAGAACCACCAAAAGAUCAUUCAGAAGGAACGCAGGAACGCGAUGGCCCAAAAGAAAACGAAAGGAACCCAUCUCCAACACCAGCAGAGAAAAUGUUGACCAGUGGAGAUAAAACAGCAGAACAUGCAGGACGGGCGGGCCAAGCAAUAAGAGCGCCACAAUCACCAGAAUCUGAUGGAACUCGACCCAGUGGCAGUUCUGUUGGAGGUUCUAAACGGGGUGAAAGUUCCAAUUUGGAUAAUUCUGCUUCUGAUGGUGGCAAACAAUCUGCUGUUGACGGUUUAGGUUCCGGUGGUGGAACUGUCUUGGACCCCAAUGGUGGUGGUGGAAGUAGUGGAAGAGGCGGCGGCAGUUCUCGAGGUGACUCUUCAGUUUCUCCUCUUUCUACGGCUGGCAUUUCUUCAUCUUCUGCCCUCGAUGCCCCAUUUGUUCAGAGCACGCAACCUUCAGAAAAGGGUCUACAGUCGGAAACAAUGUCUCUUGGAACCGCAUUACCCAACGAGCAGCCAAAGGAGAGAUCAGGAUCCAAAGCAAAACAGGGCUCCUCUACUUCAGAAGAAGCCGCAGAAAGUCUAGAUGAUAGUGGGGAUGCAGUUGAAAAGGAGAAAGAGAAGGGAGACAUUGGACCGAAAGCCACUACAAGCCUAUCUUCUACUACCAGCUACCCACCAGUAACACGAACAACUCCACGAUCAUCCGAAAAACCAUCACCAACAAAAACGGAAGUUCAAGCAGGAAAGGAAACCUCAACAGAAAAUGUCACCAUCACCAAGAGAAAUGACACGGCGACACCUGGCGACAGUGACGGCAGCACCGCGGUCUCCCACACCACCUCCCCUCUUUUGCUUCUUCUUUUUGCGUGUGCGGCUGCUGCUGUAGUGGUGGCCGCGUGA